AUUUUUGUGAAGUUGGUCAUCAGUUUUAUUUAUUUAUUUUUUCAAAGUUCCUACAAGACAAAUGAUGAUCUGACAAAUAUAUUGGAAAUAAAAGAUUUUGGAAUUUAAAUUCAAUAUUUUGUGUUUUUUUGAUGAAGUAAAAUGGCCGAGCCGGCCAAGACUCGGCUGCAAAGCACGUUACAGGCGGUGGUUCAAUCGAUCCGGUGGACGUAUAGCCUUUUCUGGAAAAUUUGCCCCCAACAAGGGAUUCUAGUAUGGGAUGAAGGUUACUACAAUGGAGCUAUAAAGACUAGAAAAACCGUUCAACCGAUAGAGGUCUCGACCGAAGAGGCCACACUCCAUAGAAGCCAACAACUAAAAGAAUUAUACGAAUCGCUCUCCUCCGGCGACUCCAACCACCACACGCGGCGGCCGUCGGCGGCACUUUCGCCGGAGGACUUGACGGAAUCCGAAUGGUUCUACUUAAUGUGUGUUUCCUUCUCAUUUGCUCCUGGAAUUGGAUGUAGUGAAACACCUCCAAGAGGUUUAAGUGUCAAAAGACACCUUUUGGGACAUGCCCGAACGAGAACGGAUGCAUCUAGUGGCCAAAAGAUACCUUAUGGUCACCAAGGGUUGCGACCCUUUGAUUUCCGCAGCCAGUUGCGCGCCCGUGCGCCGCGGGCUCGUACGAGCUCAUACGGACUCGGAAUCGAGUUCCGUUUUUUUCUACUUGUCCCCAACGAGUCAUUCUACAAUUCUAGCGUACAUAAUACAGUGGUUUGCAUUCCUCUGCUAGAUGGAGUCCUUGAACUUGGAACAACUGAAAUGGUCCAAGAGAAUAUAGGCCUAAUCCGACGUGUAAAAUCCUUCUUCUCUCAUGAGGGCCCAAACCCUAACACCUACCAACCAAGGCCUGUUCUCUCGGAGCACUCCAUAUCCGGCCCACCAGCCCAUUCGGAGGCCCAUUUCAACUCUCCCGUAUUACUGCAGCAACCCGUGCUCCUUCCAAUAGAUGACAGCCACGUGGCAAAUGGAUUGGAAGGCGAAGAAGAAGGUGUCGGGUCGGUUUCGGAUCCGAACCACACCAACUCCACGGCCCAGCCCAUGCAGCUUAAUGCAUGUGCGGAUAUUAUCCGGUUUAUUGGGUCCUCAGAUGAUAGGCCGCACUCUUUGGGCCCGGACUUCAACCUCCUCGUAGUGGGCCAAGGCGGUAGCCAGGUGGAGAACCACGAUAUCGAGGGCUUUGUGGAGGCUGGGUAUCCCAUGAGUAGUAGUGACCUUCAACCACCACAAUAUUCAGGUUUCGUAACAGGCGACGAAACGGAGACGGAAGACAGCCACUACUCCCGAACGGUGACCGUUAUCCUCGAAACUCACUCCGCCCACCACCAUUCCACCUAUUCCACCCCUUCCGCCAGCGGAGGAAGAACCUCCGCCUUCCUCCGGUGGCCGCCACCUGCUGCCACCACCACCAACUGCCGCCAAAACCACUACGACUCCUCCUCCUCCUCCUCCUCCCAACGUGCCCUCAAAUACAUCCUCCUCACCGUCCCUCUCCUCCACAACCCUCCGACGCCGGACGACGAGCCCAACGGCAGCGGUCACGUCCAUGCCGAGCGCCGCCGCCGAGAAAAGCUGAACAAGCGAUUCGUGGCACUGAGGUCACUCCUCCCGUUUGUGACAAAGACCGACAAGGCCUCCAUCUUGGCCGACGCCAUCGAUUAUCUGAAGCAGCUGAGGAAAAGAUUACACGAGCUCGAAUCCGAGAGGACGUCCAGGGUUUUGAGAGGCGGGCAACAACGAAUGGCAACAAAAACGCGGGUGGAGGUUUCGAUUAUCGAGAGGGACGCGCUUGUGGUGAUAGAGUGUCGGGAGAGAGAGGGUUUGUUGCUUGAGUUGAUGCAGACGCUCGGUGGAGUUGGGGUGGUGGUGACGGCCGUGCAGUCGACGGCCGGAGACGGGUUUUUCGCUGCGGAGUUGAGAGCUAUGGUGAAAGCGAACAUGAACGGGAGGAGGGCAAGUAUCAUAGAAGUGAAGAGAGUGAUCAACCGCAUUAUAGCUAAAUAACUACGGAAUAAAACCUAGAUUGUUAUACACAUUCUUGGGUUUUAAAUCUUUGGAUAAGCUUGGCAAAAUUUAUUCUCAUAAUGUGUGAUUUAACAAAUAACAUUAAUGCAAGCUAGAUCUCUCUCGAAUUAUGCUCCAUAAAUACACACAUAUAUAUAUGUGCUGUAUAUUUUUCUCCGGACAUUAUUCUUUUACUCUAAUCAUUUAAAUUAUUUUUAAGGGUAAUGUAUAAUUUAGUUAGAUAUAUUAGAGAAUCUCCAAUGGCAAGCAUGAAUUAUAGUGUAUGUGA